AUGAUAAAUGCAACCAUAUUAAGUGCAUUUACCUUAUCAGGAUUAAAUGACACAACGAUGAAGCACAGGGUCACUCUUUUCUCUCUCACCUUGAUGUGUUACAUUGUAAUUUUGUUUGUAAAUGGUGCUCUUAUUUUUAUUAUCAUAUUGGAAGAAAAACUUCAUGAACCCAUGUACAUCUUCCUAGGUAAUUUAUGUCUUAAUAGCCUUUAUGGGACAGCAGCCUUUUACCCCAAAUUCCUUUUUGAUUUAUUGUCAAACACUCAUGUCAUAUCUUAUACUGGUUGCCUGUUGCAGGUCUUUGUUAUAUACUCGUAUGCAGCAACUGAUUUUUCUGUUCUAGCCCUGAUGGCCUAUGAUCGGUAUGUGGCUAUAUGUCGACCACUGGAGUAUCACUCUGUUAUGACUAAACAUAGGGCAGUUGUGUUGGCGUUCUUCUCCAGACUUUUACCAUUGCUCUGUCAGACUAUUCUGAUGAUAAUGACCUCCAAAAUGGAAUUAUGUGGAUCCCACAUAGAAAAACUUUAUUGUGAAAACUGGUCAAUCCUAAAACUUUCCUGCAAUUCAAUUACAACAAAUAAUAUUGUUGGGUUUAUCAUCAUAUUUUUCUAUUUCGGGCAUGACCUUUUCAUUUUCUGCUCAUAUGUGCAGUUGGUAAAAUAUACCUUAAAGUCAAGAGAGGGCAGAAGGAAGUUCAUGAAAACAUGUGUGCCACAUUUAUUAUGUUUGCUUAACAUCAGUGUUGCUCUGCUUUUUGACCUCAUGUACACUAGAUAUGGAUCAAGCUCUAUAUCACCGAGUGUAAAGAACUUCAUGGCAAUACAGUUUCUCAUGAUUCCACCUGUCCUUAACCCGAUUAUUUAUGGACUUAUACUGACUCAAGUUCGCAACAGUUUUUUUAGUUUGUGUAAAGUCAACAAACAAGUCAAAGCAUUAGGGUGA